CUACCAACCUCGCGGCGCCAAAAUCCCCAACAAAAUGGCUGCUCCGUUAUUUAGCAGUGUAUGAGUGUAAACAAUUACGUUUCGAACGAGUGUAAAUGAAAUUCAAAUAUUUUUUUGUAAAAACAAUAACUUAACCAACUGGUAAUUGGUGAAUAAAUCAUACAAUAAAUUCGUAAAUUAAAAAAAUGUUCACCGAGCCAGUGUUUGACAACAAAUGGCAAAAAUGUAAAUUUUGCUCCUCAACUUUUGAAGAAUUGAGCGACUAUUUAACGCACAUUGAAUUGGUCCAUAAAAACCACAAAACCAAUUAUUUAUUGUCGAGUUUUAUGUGUAGCGAUUGUGGUAAACAAUACAAAACCAAAAACGAGCUCACAAACCACAUCAAUUCCAAAUGCGGGACUGUGAAACAAUUCAAAUGCAAAAUUUGUGGCCAGGAACUGAUGUCUGCCGGUUCGCUCUACAAUCACAUGCUGAGACAUAACGGAGUCCGAAGUUUCAUGUGCAGAUUUUGCGCCAAAUUGUUUUUUACAGCAGGGCAGUUGAAAGUGCAUGAGCGGAUCCAUACCCAGGACAAGGCCUACGUUUGUGAGGUUUGUAAUAAGGGGUUUUGUCACCGGCAAAGUCUCAUCACUCACAGUACCAUCCAUACAGGGAUUAAACCGUACCAGUGUGAGAAUUGUGGGAAUUCGUUUAGUUGUGUGGGGAAUUUGAUUAAACACAGGAAGACUCAUGCGGAUACGUGUGGUCUUAUUCCGUUGACUACACACAGGGUUAAGCAUCCUUCCACUAAAAUUAAAGUUAAGAUAAAUACGCCGUCUAAUUCGAGGCUGAAGACGAAUGGACAAAUGGACUUUGAAGUGCAACUGGAAGUGGAGAAGGAGUUGAAUAUUUUGAAGAGUGCUUUAUGUAGAAAUAAUAAGACUGAAGGGAAGAAGGAAGCUACAAAUGAUGAACAGUGUGCCAAACAAAAUCUCAUUGACAAAAUACAAGAAUGCAUCCAAAGGAGCGACACUGAAGAGUCAUUAAGUGAAAACAACUCCAAUGAAAAUGUUGAAAAAAAUACAGCACUUAAUGACACACCAAAAGAAGUUGCACAAGAGAUUACGUUAUCCACAGGUGGAGGAGUGAAAAGUACCAAAAGAAGACAUGUGGAAAGGGAUCGAAACUAUGAAAAUGAGAUAUCGAAAUUUACAGAACAGACAAACUUUGAUGAUGAAGGAUUCGGUGAUUGUAAAUACUGUGGUAAGAGAUAUAUGAACGUCCGUUGGCUUUACAAACACGUGAAAGAACAUGAAAAUAACAUUCCAAUCGGAUCCGACCAAUCAGGAAUCCCUCUCCACAAAUGUAGCUGUUGUAAAAUGAGUUUUUACACAAAGGAAGAAAGUCUCAUCCACCAACAAACACACCAUGCCGAUAUUUUAACAUGUCACGAAUGCGAGAAAAUUUUCUCCAACCGCGACUCCUUACGCUCGCACCAGAAAGUCUUCCAUAAAGGAGUCGGUCGUAAAGCUUACAUCUACGUAUGCGACAAGUGCGGAAAACAGUUCAAACAAAAAUCCUACCUGAAAGCCCACGAAGAGCGAAACUGUGAUAAAGGCCCCUUUUACGAAUGCUCCAUCUGCCAGAAACAGUUCUCCAGUGUUUACACCAGGAACAACCACAUGCGGGUGCACGAUCCGGAGAAGAAGCUCCUGUGCAAGUUCUGUGCCAAAAGUUUCCACUGGAAGGGACAGCUGAAGAUCCAUGAACGUAGUCACACCGGAGAGAAGCCUUUUGCUUGCUUGUAUUGUCCCAAAGCUUUCGCGUAUAGGGAAAGUCUGAUUACGCACAGUACCAUCCAUACGGGGAUAAAGCCUCAUCUGUGUGAAGGGUGUGGUGCUAGGUUUUCCUGUAUAGGGAAUUUAAUUAAACAUCGGAGUAGUCAUGCGAAUGAAUGUGGGGCUUGGGCUUACAAAACACAGAAACCUUUACAAAGUAAUUAAAUUGUACUGAAGUCUU